UAGCCUAUACCUAGUGCAUCCUGUGUGUGAUUAGAAGAGAUACUUCCCUUGAUUCGAGUUGAUGUUUAUGCCACUCGGUCGACUCCAAUUAUCCAUUGUGUAUGCUAAUAAAACCUGCAUUAUUGACAAGAGAAUCAAAGUCAGACUUGGAGGCUCAGUCCUUGAUGAGACGUAAUGGAUCUUUCCCCACCUCGGGCUCAGACACAAUCAAAGUCAUCUGAAACCACAAGAAAAACCAAAGAAGAUGGAGAUAGAUGUAGAAAAUCCGGUCUUGAAUGUGUGAAGAAAGACCAAGACCAAGAGCAAGGUCAUCAAACAGAGAAGACCCAAGACGGUCGUUUAAAAAGUGGUCAUCAGCCCACAACCGAUGAGCACCACCGGAGCAGUUCCUCAGAACGUCCGGUCAAGGAUUCGCAGGAAGACAAGGUGGUGGUGACCAUCAACAAGGACGGUCUUAUGCUGCGGGUUCUGCUGAGUGACCGUGUGCCCUACAUGUGCCCUCUGUGUGGCUGGACCUUCACGCAUGCUGCAUCACUCAAACAGCAUGGGGAGGAUAUCCAUGGUUACGAGGAGGCAGAGAAGAUGCAGAAUGGAGGGAGAGGGAACGAGAUCAUUAUAACCAAGUCAAUGGUUGACCAGAGCAACGUUCUUGAAUCCUGCUUCUUGAAAGACGUGUAUCUGCCCGGGGAAGAUGAACAUGGACAAGACAACGCAAAGCCUGCCAUUCAACAAAACAGCAACAUUUGCAUACCCAAGGGUUCUACUCCGGAAAAGGUUGCACACAAGGAAAAAGUUGCACGGAGGGGAGAGGUUUCAGACAACGGCAAAGUUGCAGUCAAGGACAAAAAUUCACGCAGUAAAAAGGUUGCACCCAAAGGAACAGUUGCAGUCAAGGUAAAAUUUGCAGUCAAGGAAAAAGCUGCAGACAAGGAAAAAGUUACACACAAUAGAAAGAUUGCACACAAUGAACGCAAGGAAAGAAUGGUUGUGAAACUAUUAAUGAACUCAAAAGGGUUUACCAAAGAUACUAGGGAUGCCAGUGACAGCAGCAAUGUUCUCAUAGGAGCUGAGACCCGUAUUGUAUCUGCCAAGAGUUCUGAGCUACAUGUAGGUGCAGCAUCUCUCUUAUUACAGGCUAUGAACAGAAAGAAGGAGGUAGAUGACGAAGUGGAAAAGCAGAGUUCAAGCAGGAAGAAUGUGUCUGCUGUAGACGGAUCGCCUUCAGGAGGGUCCUUACCGUCUGAUGAGGAGGAUGCAAUGACGGAAGAGGAGGAGAAGGGAAAGGAAAAGAGAAAGAGGCGGAAAUACAGGCCAAAGUGCUCUAUAUGUGGCUUCAAAUGCGACAGCACAGCACAGCGUUACGUCCACUCUGCACAGGAACAUAAGCUGUUUCGGAAUGCUGUUGAGGCUUCAUUUUAUAUGCCCAAACAUCAAGGUCAGCCUCAGGGAGCUGGAGAUAGCCUCCAGACGGAUCAGACCAGAACAGGAACUGUACAGCAUGAAGUACUGCAUAAAUGCACUCACUGCACGUCUUUCUCCUUUGACAAGGAUACACUGAAGGCACAUCUUGACAGCCAUUGCGGCGGGGUGGACGGAGUGAAGUGCCGUUUGUGCCGAGGGGCCAUAGGACUGUGGGACAAUGACAGAUGCGAGGAAUUGGAAGCCCUCUCCGCCAAGCUUCAAGAGAUAGAGGAUGACGAUCAAGGAUCAGGGUGGGAUCGAAUCAGUUUCAGUAAAGACGGUAGUUGGAGUUGGACAGAAACAACCAGUUGCGAUCGACGAUCAGUUGAGGGUGAUGGAGGCGGCGAUGCAGCAAUGUUCAAAGCUACUGCGGCCGCCGAUGAUAAAUGUAAUGACACAGAGGACAGAGAUGCCUCCCAAGGAGAUAGCAAGAGACAACAGAACAAAGUAACUCCUAAAUCUAGGCGAGUGAAGGCUUAUCCUCCCUUUGUAUCUAGCUGCUACGAAUGUGGUGAGAAGUUCUUCUUUCGUGCUCAUGCCAUGAACCAUUAUCAUCACGCACAUCGUUCAAUCACUUGCAAAGACUGCAAUGCAGUGGUCCCAACGCUGACAGCAUUGAUAUCACAUAGCAUGCAGAAACACAGGACCCGAGGAGUUUUCCGUUGCGCCCAAUGUAAUCAAGCCUUCCACACUGCUGGGAAACUACACUAUCACUUGGAAGGCCAUCUUGGUCUUUUCAAGUGUAAUACCUGUGGCAAGAGUUUUAUGACUUUGAACAAUUUGGAUCUCCAUAAAGCCAAUUACUGCCCUGGUUCCGAAGUUCUAACACCCAGUGAGAAAAGAUUUAGAGUUCGAGGGAAAAAGCCAAUCACCUGUCCUAUAUGCAGAGUAGAAUUUGUCAGAAAGAAUUCUUUCCAUAAACAUAUGGUCCAGUGGCAUCAGGACCAGGCCGCUGUGAUGCCAUUGAAGAAAACCCCUCAGCUCAUUUGUGAAAAGUGUGGCAAAUUUUACAGCAAUAGCACUUCCUUGAAAACGCACAUGCAGAGUCAUACUUCAGAGAAUAUCAUCGUAGCCUGUCCUUUUCCUGGCUGUUUAAAGACAUUUCGAUGCGACAAGAACUUGAGGAUGCAUGCCCAGAUCCACCAGAAGGAUCGUGAAUACAUCUGUGAGCUCUGUGGGAAGCGGUUGAAAAGCUACCCGUCCUUAAAAAGCCACAGAAUACGUCAUCUAGGUGUGCUUCCUUACAAGUGUCGUUACUGCGGGAAGGGAUUCUUGGAGAGCAGAAAAAGGAUUCAGCAUGAGCGGGGCGUGCACACCGGGGACUGCGAGCACAAGUGUGAUGUGUGUGGCAAAGGUUACGCCACUGCCACGGGACUCAAGACCCAUCGGAACAUCCACAGCAGCCUCCGGCCGUUCAACUGCAAUGAUUGUGAGUCAUCCUUUGUUGACAGGUUCUCGCUGAAAUCGCACCAGCGGACACACACCAAACCGUUCCGUUGCGAACACUGUAGCGAGGGUUUCGCCCAGAAGGGAGGGAGACGACGUCACCUGUCCAGAGUGCAUGGCAUCUUUGAACCUGUCCAGAGGUUUCGUACACAAAUUUUCACCCCUGCCUCUUCCAGCUUACAGCUGCAGGGGGUCACUGAACCCAAUGAAGAUCUCGUUGUUACGCAGCCCAUAUUAGAAGAAGAUGUUUCCAUUCAAAUCAUUUAAAGAAAUAUUUGAAAAUCCAACUGUAUAUUUGGAUUAUAGUGCUGCUUCAUCUGGGGGGUGUUUCACAAAGAUCUUAAGUCGAACUUAACUCUAAGUUGGACUUAAAAAUUAUGGAGAACCA